AUGAAAAGAACGCGCCGGAAAGCGUUGUUGAAUGACGAAACAAAAGACAGUCGCCUGCUGUCGCUCCCGGACGAGCUCCUUCUGCUGCUUCUCGCCCGGGUGAAACACCCGUGCGAUCGCUGCAGCGUCGCUCUCGCCUGCUCCCGCCUUCGCCGCCUCUCCCGCCGCACGCCCCACUCGCUCAACCUCUUCUUCGUCUCGCCUUUCCAGUAUCGCAACGUGCGCAGCUUUCUCAAAGCUUUCGACGAUUUUUCGAGGGUAUUUACCCACAUCAUCUCGCUUACCGUGGAGGUUUGCUCGAUCCGAGGAAGCGAGCUGCUGGCGAGCGUCGGUGCGAGCUGCCCGAAGCUUGAAAAGCUGAAGCUCGUCGCGAAAUGGGGGGAUUUUCACAUGAGCGCUGCUGCGUGGAUGAAGCUCGCCAAGCAAUGCCCCCUCUUAACAUCGCUGGAGCUCCACUCUCCAUUCGCCCGUCGCCCCAUCAUCUACCUCCAUUCCACUGGCAACCCUCUCCCUCCUGUCCACGCCUUCCCUGCUCUGCACUCCCUCGCUCUCCUCAUCCCUGCCUCGAAACUAACCCCCCUCACCCGCUGCUCCUCCCUCACCUCCCUCACACUCUGGAACCCCCUUCCCUCCACCCUCUCCCUCCUCGCCUCCUCCUCCUCCUCCUCCUCCUCCUCCUCCUCAUCUGUCCGCGCCUCCCUCAACUCCCUCACCCUCCGCUCCGCCAAGCUCGAAUCCUGCCUCGCGCCCCUCGCAUCCUUCCCUCGCCUCGUCUCGCUCUCCUUCCUCUCCUGCACCAUCGAUCCCUUCGACCUACACGCCCUCGCUCGCUCCCUCCACACACUCACCCACCUCACUAUCCACAACUGCCCCUUGGUCUCCAGCCACGCCCUAGCAGCCGUGGUUGAAGCCAACCCAGCCCUCGCCUCCCUCUCUCUCCACGGCACCACCUACCGCCUCUUCACCGCCCCGCCUUUCCGCUCUCUCCUCCACCUCUCCUCGCCGCGUUUGCACACGCUUGAGCUCUCAGGCCUGCCGUCCUUCCGCCCGGGCAUGCUUGCGCACUGCAGCGGCCUGCAGUCCCUUGUGCUUAACGGACUGUCGGAGACUCUUCCGGCGCCGAGGGAGGGAGAUGCUGAGACUAGGAGUGGAGAAGGAAGGGAAGGAGGAGGGGGGGAUGGAGAGGGGGAGGGGGGGGGAAGCGUGGUGCUUCAACGAGUGUCGUUGGAGAGUCUUGUGGGCAUGCUGGUGCGCGUGGUGCAGAGGGGAGGGGAGGUAGGAGGGGAGGCAGGAGGGGAGGAAGGACGGGAGGUUGGAGAGGGGGGUAGAGGGGAGGAAUGUGAAGCACAAGAGGUUGACAGGGUGGAGGGAGCAAAUGGAUGUACAACUACUGCUGCUGGUGCCGCACUAGCAAGGGUGGGAAAAGCAGCAGGGCUUGCAGCAGCAGCAGCAAUAGCACCACGGGCAGGUGGUGAUUCCAGAAACGGUGAAGAAGAACGAGAGUAUGUGGACAUCAGAACAGCGGCAGCAGCAGCCCGAGCCGACCUCAUAGAGGCAAGUCGAGACAUGGUCACUCUCAUGGAAACGGCCAAGGAGUGCCACACAGCCGUGCCGUCCGCUGCUCACUGGGCGCGCAUGGCGCGGGCACAGCCCCUAGACGCGCUGUCCGAGAUCAAAUUCGCCAUCGCUAAAAUCAGAUCGGGCAUCUCAACGUGGCGGGCGCUGCGAGUGGCCGUGAAUCAGAAAGACGCGGCGGCGGCGCGCGAGGAGUGGCUCGAGGAUGCGGUGAGUGGGGCGUUUGCUGCUGCCACGACUGCGGGUGUGUUUGUGGGCACGCGAAGCAGGGUAGGCGAGGGGGAAGGGGGGUUUGUGCGUCUGGAAGACUUUGACGGAUUGCUUCCGGGUGAUGAUGACUUGCUUGUUGAUGCCGCAGAAACAACAGUAGCAAAAGGAACGCAAUGGGCAGCCGAAAAUCAGUGGGCAGCAGCAGAAGAGCACGGAACAUGGGAGGCAAAUCGUGUGGCAUCUCCGGGAUUCCUGUGGAUGUGGUGUGCCCUCCCUUACACUCCUUAA